AUGACCGACCAAGCGGUGCUUCUGUUACGAAACCAGCUGAGAGAUUUAACUCGGAACCCAAUCGAGGGCUUCUCCGCGGGUUUAGUGGACGAUUCCAACGUCUUACAAUGGCAAGUAACCAUCAUGGGCCCUCCGGAUACGUUAUAUGAGGGCGGUUUCUUCACGGCGACGAUGACGUUCCCGAAAGAUUACCCGAACAAACCGCCGGACGUGAAAUUUAAAUCGGAAAUUUGGCACCCGAACGUGUAUCCAGACGGGAGGGUGUGCAUAUCUAUCUUACACGACGCCGGGGAUGACCCGAUGGGGUACGAGUGCGCCAGCGAGCGGUGGUCGCCGGUGCAAACGGUGGAGACGAUUAUGCUGUCGAUUAUAUCGAUGUUGUCCUCGCCGAACGACGAGUCGCCGGCGAAUAUCGACGCGGCGAAGAUGUUUCGAGAGGAUUACGCGGGAUUUAAGAAACGGGUGGCGAGAUGCGUGAGGAAGAGUCAAGAGGAGUGCUUUUGA